CCUUAAUGCCGAGGUUGAUCUGGAUUCCUGGUCAUCCAGACUUCAUGUCUAAUAUAAGGGGGUCCUAAAUGUUUCACUGAUAGAAGCUAGUCUUAAAGUUCUAACCAGAUGAUAUUUGGUUCCUGCUUGCCUAGCCAGAGUGUAUGCUAUGACUCCCGCAGAAUGUUUCCAAAAUGUCUUAAAGAUGAAUUGUUCCAAUUGUAUCUUCUCUUUAUUUCCAGAUAUUCAUAACUCAUUUCCCAAUAGCCCUGGUGUGAACAACACCAUCUUAUUGUCAUCGACCAAACACGCUCCACCUCAUUAUCCCACCCCAACCAGACGACGACAUCGCACCACAUUCAGCCAAGAACAGUUGGAGCACCUGGAGGUGGCGUUCAGCAAGAAUCACUAUCCGGAUAUCUACUGCCGGGAGGAACUGGCCAAGAUCACCAAGCUCAAUGAAGCCCGGAUACAGGUUUGGUUUCAGAAUCGGAGGGCGAAACAUCGCAAACAUGAAAGAACGAAUCAGAAGUCAAUCACAGCAAGUGGUAUGAUUGCCUGCGGAAGCCUAAUGCCUGGCAUGUGCUCUGUGCCACCUGGAUCUCGCCAGUACCAGUAUCCUCACACCCUCAACCACAUACCCCGCUUCACUUCUAUGGCACCCCCAGGGUACCAGCCGACAUCCUCCGUCAGUCAGUUCAUGUGUACCAGCACACACCCCCAUCUGCCCACUGGCACCCCACCUUCUCGCCAACAUGAUGACUGGUACAAUUCACUGCGGUCUAUCAAUUCCCCAGGCACAGGAUUAUCGUCAUCAAUGUUAACCCUAACACCAAUGACUGCUAUAGACCCAACGACGCCCUGGAGUUAAAAUGUCUUUCGUUUUAUUCCUUUGGGAAUAUGUGUACAUGAUGUAAAAUAAAGUAAUGUAAAAAUAGAGCUCCUGCAGUUUGGUUUGUGUUACAUCCAAUUAUGUGUUUGCCUUUGCUGAUACCUGGGAUGGGUGAGAGGAAGUGAGCGGGCGGAGUCAGCCAAGCAGAGGGUGGAGACCGGGGCGGAGAGCAGAGCGCAGACCG